GCUGAUUUAGCUCGUGGCGCUGCCUUGGCCGGCGGCUUCGGGCUGUGUGAGGUUCGGGUUGGGGACAGAUCGCCGGAGAGCAGCGGGCAGAUGCCAGGCAUCUGAGCGCGAAUGCAAUUCUCCAGUCCAGGAUGAAUGAAUGCCACUAUGACAAACGCAUGGACUUCUUUUAUAAUAGGAGUAAUGCUGACACAGCAGACGAGUGGUCAGGGACCACUCUUGUAAUUGUUUUAUGCUUUGGCACCUUUUUUUGUUUCUUUAUUUUCCUUUCAAAUUCCUUGGUUAUAGCUGCUGUAGUAAAAAAUAAGAAGUUUCACUACCCUUUUUAUUAUUUGCUAGCCAAUCUCGCUGCUGCAGACUUUUUUGCAGGCAUUGCUUAUGUAUUUUUGAUGUUCAACACUGGCCCAGUGUCAAAAACAUUAACUGUAAAUAGGUGGUUUUUGCGCCAGGGACUUUUGGAUACAAGUUUGACAGCUUCUCUGGCCAACUUACUGGUAAUCGCUGUUGAGCGGCACAUGUCUAUUGUGAAGAUGCGGGUUCACAGUAAUCUCACAAAGAAGAGGGUCACCUUUUUCAUUUUGUUGAUCUGGGCCAUAGCUAUUUUCAUGGGUGCAGUGCCCACAUUAGGCUGGAACUGCCUCUGUGACAUAUCAACCUGCUCUUCUCUAGCUCCUAUUUAUAGUAGGAGUUAUUUGAUAUUUUGGACAGUCUCCAAUCUGGGAGUUUUCUUCAUCAUGGUUGUUGUGUACAUAAGAAUCUACAUGUAUGUCCAGAGAAAAACAAAUGUUUUGUCUCCACAUACUAGUGGAUCCAUCAGCCGCAGGAAAACGCCGAUGAAGCUUAUGAAGACAGUCAUGGCAGUGUUAGGUGCUUUUGUUGUGUGCUGGACUCCUGGACUUGUUGUACUACUCCUUGAUGGCUUGAAUUGCACUCGUUGUGAGGUUCAGAACGUGAAAAGGUGGUUCCUUCUCCUGGCUCUGCUGAACUCUGUCAUGAAUCCAAUAAUUUACUCCUAUAAAGACGACGAGAUGUCAAAUACCAUGAGGCGCAUGAUCUGUUGCUCAUUUGAGGAGAGAAGCCAGGAGCGUCGGUCUUCUAGGAUCCCCUCUGCGGUACUCAGUAGGAGCACAGAUUCCUCUAGCCAAUACUUAGAAAAUGGCAUUAGUCAAGUAACUAUCAGUGGCAAAGAAAAUACAUGAUCAUGAAUUCUUUUUCUCCGAAUGUGGACUGCAGUGGGGGGAGGCCGCAAUCCAAAUGAUCUCUGAACUACCUGAGAUCACUGAACCCUGAAACCACAGAAGAAUAUGUUCUCUGUACCAAAACCCAGAUCCCAGGGUUACCUGACAUCGUUGUAAAUAAUUACUGGAUGGGAAAAAAAUGUACUUGAAGGGAUGAAAAAGAAUAGAAGGAGUGGUUUUAACUCUGCAGUGUUCCUUUUAAGUCUGGAAACAGUACAAGCAGCUUUAUGGAGUCUCCUUCUUCAGAGGUCUAGGCAGUGGUGAGAUGUCACUGUGCCAGAGCUGCACCUCAACAGUCAGUUGUGGUGAGGUGGCAGGGUCAGGAGCAGGGUGAGAUCCUCAUCCUCAGGUGAGGUUUUAUUUUUUCAUCUUUUGAGGGCUGCCAUUGCCAAAUGUGUUUUUUGUGCCUGGCACAAGCUACCUCAGUUGCCAGACAUGGGACCCAGCUGGCCCAGUGCUCAGCACCUCCUUCUGACAAACUUCUGUUGAGAAUUGGACAUUAAGCAAGUACUCCAAAGCAUUGACUGCUUUUCUGCCACCACAGCAAAGCAGCUGGUUUGGUCUUCUGGAGCUUUCUUUCCUCCAAGUAAGGCAUGUUAGUGGCCCAGCAAGUAGAAGACACUCUUCACCCUCAGGUGGCAGAAUGAGUUGCACCCCCAUUGCAGACUUGGGGUGGUUCCCAUUUAAUAAAAAUCCACACAGGUAACCAGGAUAUUAGGGAACAAUGUAAAUAAGCUUCUCCACAAGGUUCUAGUUCUUUACUGAAGGGCCUACUCUUUUGUGAUUAGUGUUUCUGUAAUAUAGAGCUUUCAGUCAUAUUUGCUACCCCUCCUCUGAAGUGGUACAGCUCAGAUACAGUUUUCUUUGGAGGAGCUAGACCAGAAUUAACAUCUGUUAUUCAGUGUGCCUGACUUUCAAAUUGUUUGCUUUAGGUAGCAGCCUACAGCUGCUCUGAACUCAGUGGGACUUGCUUCUGAGUAAACAUAAUUGGCUGUUUAGUUUUCUAAGUGGAAUACUGUAUGUGUUCCUCAAUUAAGCAUUUUAAUACAAUUUUUUUCAGGCUGUAAAUGUGAGCUGUAGAACCAACAUUUGUCCUUUAUCUGGUAUUUAUCUCCCCCCCACAAAAAAAAUCAGUGUACAGAAGUAGUUUCUAAGCAUGGCACUUCCACUCCAGAGUGGAAAUAUUUAGUAACAUUCUAAAAAAUUAAGUGCAUGCUAUAGACCUCCUAAUAACAAGUUAUUCCAUGCACAUGUAGCUCCCAUGUCAUGUUAAUAGACCUAGAAUGGCUGGACUUCCAAA